AAGGGACUGGUAUUAAUCCUGACCAGCCUUGAAGAAUUUGGCGUUCCGGGCCAGGGAUGUAGCUCAGUGGUUCCGGCGCCUGCCGCGCAAGCACAAAGACCCAAGUUCGAUCCCCGGUACCACAAAAAAAAAAAAAAAGAAAGAAAGAAAAAGAAAAGAAUUUGGCAUUCAGUCUAACCAGAGAUUAAGGGAGGGAAGAGGGGAGCAGGCGUCCAUAACAACCAUGGCGACUGGACGCGCUUGAGCAAGAACCUGAAGGCGAGAUCAUUUAUAAGGCCAAGUCUUCCACAUUUAUAUACACCCAUCAAAUCCGAACGCAGAACACUACCAGAAGGCAGACUCGUCCUUCGUAGUGAAAAAAAUACCCGAAUCCAAACGGUAACAGAGGGAGACAGACCGCCGAAAACACACAGCUUCCGGAAACAAGUCUCACCUGACACUUCACUCAGCUUCCGAAGCUGGCUCCGCCCGGACCCUUUUAUGCGCGACCCGACCAUCCCGGAAGUGAGGCGGAGCUCCUAGACGUCUGCAUCCAGUGAGCGGAAGUAUGUGUUAGUGGCUCUCGGGCAGCUCUGAAUUCUUACUGUCCAGCGCGCUCGCUCUUUUCGGCUGAAGUCGGGUUUGUGCGUGGAAUGGCUGUAGACGUGAAGUCUCGAGCAAAGCGCUAUGAGAAACUGGACUUCCUCGGGGAGGGACAGUUCGCCACAGUUUACAAGGCCAGAGACAAGAACACCAACCAGAUCGUCGCCAUUAAGAAAAUCAAACUUGGACAUAGAUCAGAAGCUAAAGAUGGUAUAAAUAGAACAGCCUUAAGAGAGAUAAAAUUAUUACAGGAGCUAAGUCAUCCAAAUAUAAUUGGUCUCCUUGAUGCUUUUGGACAUAAAUCUAAUAUUAGCCUUGUCUUUGAUUUCAUGGAAACUGAUUUAGAGGUUAUAAUAAAGGAUAAUAGUCUUGUGCUGACACCAUCACACAUUAAAGCAUACAUGUUGAUGACUCUUCAAGGACUGGAAUAUUUACAUCAACAUUGGAUUCUACAUAGGGAUCUGAAACCAAACAAUUUGUUAUUGGAUGAAAAUGGAGUUCUAAAACUGGCAGAUUUUGGCCUGGCCAAAUCAUUUGGGAGCCCUAGUCGAGCUUAUACACAUCAGGUUGUAACCAGAUGGUACCGGGCACCCGAGUUACUGUUUGGAGCGAGGAUGUAUGGUGUGGGUGUGGACAUGUGGGCUGUUGGCUGUAUAUUAGCAGAGUUGCUUCUAAGGGUUCCUUUUUUGCCAGGAGACUCAGAUCUUGAUCAACUUACAAGAAUAUUUGAAACUUUGGGCACACCAACUGAGGAGCAGUGGCCUGACAUGUGUAGUCUACCAGAUUAUGUGACAUUCAAGAGUUUCCCUGGGAUCCCAUUGCAGCACAUCUUCAGUGCAGCAGGAGACGACUUGCUAGAUCUCAUACAAGGCUUAUUCUUAUUUAAUCCAUGUACUCGAAUUACAGCCACACAGGCAUUAAAAACUCCAUACUUCAGUAAUCGGCCAGGGCCAGCACCUGGGUGUCAGCUGCCCAGACCGAACUGUCCAGUGGAAGCCUUAAAGGAGCAGGCAAACCCAGCCAUGGCAGCAAAACGGAAAAGAACAGAGGCCUUGGAACAAGGAGGACUGCCCAAGAAGCUCAUUUUUUAGUUACAGAGGACACUGGACAGUAUUGUACUACUGAAGGAAAUAGGCCAAAAGGCAAAUAAUGGAAAGAACAGUAAACAUUAAGUAAAUGCUGUGGAAGUGAAUUUGUAAAUAUUCUACAGAUGUAAAAUAUGUAAAACUAUGGAAUAUUUUUGUUAAAUGUAUUUUAAAAUAAAUUUAAUUCUAGUUUUUCUGAUUAGA